AGUGAAUGCCAGUACUUAGGAAUAAUCUGCCCACAAGAGUUGGGUCAGUCAGUUCUUAUUUAGGCUGCCAUCAACCCCAAAGGAAUCUGAAUUGCUAGGGUUUGAAUCAUGCUGAGUCCUGGACUGUUUUUUGGACAAUGAAGAGAUUGUUUUAUUUCCCCUCUGCUAAACAACUGAAACUGCUACAUUCAAGCAUUGCAUUAACUACAGAUUUUUUUUUUUAAGAAGGAAGCAAAUCCACAUAUUAAAUAUGCUAUUCUGCUUUAUAACUGCUGUUUGAUCCUAAGUACUUUGAUGGACCUGGAGUAGCCCAUGUUAAAGUGCUGUGCUUUGGAUAUAUAGCUAACUGGAAGGUAGCAAUUGCCAUUCCCAAGGAAAUCAUAGGGAAAACUCUCUGCAGAUAAAAAUUCACAGGCUGAAACCUAAGCAAAGGAUGUUGGAAAGACAAGGAUAAAAGUUGUCUCCUAAGCUACAGCAAAGAAGAAGAAGAAAAAACAGUUUCCAGAUAAAAGUGCCAGCAAAUGAACUGUUUCCUGCUUAAUUUGUAAGUUUGCCACCUUAGGAUAUAUAUAACAUCUGGAAAGUCUGAGUGAAAUCGCAGUUAGCUCUCUGUUCCAUGAACUGUCCCCCUAUAAUUUUUUUCUGUAAAAGAGUUUGCUUUACUAAAUCAGGUAAGAAAGCAUGUCAUCUUUAAGGCUGCUGAUUUUCCUACUUGUAAUUGUGGAUGACUGGCAGUUCUGGCCACUAGUCCACUGUAGCCCUGCUCCAGUUCGAGAAUAUAUGCAGAAUCUUGUCAGGAAAGCAGAAAAAAGUCAUAAAGAAGGAACAUGUCUUCAAAUGAAUUCAAGGAGAAUUCCCGUCUUAUCACCAGAAAGUCACCCUCUGAGAUCAUACCCUAGAGACAGUGCAGGGAGAGGGGAUAUCCCACAGAGGAAUGGGAAGCCCAGGCUUAAUGUUAGGACAGAGCAAGCACACUGGGCAGGGGAUGUUCGAGAGGAAACAACACAAUCAAGACAGUCUCCUCAGGAAGCUAUUUCUAGUGCCACAUUUAAAAAUUCCCACCAGACAGGAAGGAAAACCUACAAGAAGCAAAUACAUUAUCUCCAAAUGAGAUCCCUGUAUCACAGUGGGCAAAGAAGACUUUAUGGCAGGGGGUAUAGUGAACUACCUAAAAUAUCUCACCCUAAUAUCAAUGACAAGCAGUCACACCUGCCUGCUAAUGGAAGAAUGAAAAACAGUAGAGACAGUACAGAAAGUCACAGGGCAAAACGAAUGAGCCAGGGCAGGCACAUCAGGUACAUUACAACAACUAGUCAGAAAGUUAACUGGAAAGAUAAAGAUAGCUACCUGUCGGGAAGGCAAAACCAUCCUCACCUCCAUAGUAUGCAUCAUCCACAGCCGUAUCAAGCCAAUAGCCAUCACAAGCUCCUGCCAAGUAAUGCAGGAUCAGCUACAAUAGGAAACUUUCUGGAAGAGAAAAGUGAAAUCUCUGGCUUACCAAAUGCAGAUAUUCCUUUUCCUGAUUCAGACAUGGAAUUCCUUUCACAUCCUGUGCCAGUUUUGUAUUUCUCAGGAAAUGGACAGCAACUAAAGAUUCAUUCACAUCUAAGGAUAGAUAUUCCACGCGGAGCAUUCACUGUGGAGGUAUGGGUGAAACCUGAAGGAGGGCAAAAUAACCCGGCAGUCAUUGCAGGUCUUCUAGACAGCUGCUCUCACUCUCUCAGCAACAAAGGCUGGACUCUUGGCAUUCAAGCAGCAGAUGAAUAUGGUAGAAGAGAUGCACAGUUUUUCUUCUCUUUGCGUACUGAUAGAGCCAGAAAACCAACAAUAAUUUUUGGACAGCAGCGGUACCAGCCUAAUAAAUGGACACACAUAUCAGCAACAUACAAUAGCCAAUGGAUGUUACUGUACAUCAAUGGAAUCCAGGUUAGUGCAAGUAGGGGUCAGUCUGGUCCCCUACAUAGUCCUUUCAUGUCUUCCUGUAGACAAGUAAUGCUGGGUGGUGACCGCACAGAAGAAGGGCAUGAGUUCCGAGGAUAUAUAGGCUCAUUUUCUCUUUGGAAUGGGGCCAAAUCACAGGAAGAACUAAAUCAGUAUUAUAUGCACACAACAAAAGUCCAAGAUAUGAAGUCAUUUUUAGUAAUCAGCACUGACUUUUCUCAGAUAAAUGACCAGUGGGAGCCAAUAAGAGAGACUGCACAUCCAGCAGUGGAGACCAUGCUAUCUUUUAACCCUGAUAUUGUAUCACCUUUUCUUCCACCUCCAUGUGGACAGACAAUCUGUGAUAAUGUUGAUAUAAUCACCAGCUACAACAUCCACUGGCCAUUACGUUCUGAGAAGCAGGUCCUGUACAGGGUGGUAAACAUCUGUGAGGAUGAUGGCAGUAAUCCAACAGUCACACAAAAGCAGAUUGAGAUUCAGCACAAAGCACUGAUCAAAGCUUUUGAUAGGUACAACAUAUCCUGGGAGUUGACAGUGCAUGAGGUUCACAACUCUUCCUUACGACGUCAUAUCAUCUUGGUGAACUGUGAAAAGAACAAAAUUGGCAAUGGCCGCUGUGAACCAGAGUGUGAUCAUGCACUCACCGGGUAUGAUGGUGGUGACUGUCGAAAGCCAGUGGGCUGUUAUACCUGCAGACAUAAGAACAGAGUCUGUAACAUGGAAUGCAAUAACAUGAAAUGUGACUUUGAUGAGGGAGACUGUUGUGAUCCCAAGUACACAGAUGUCCGAAAAACAUGCUUUGACCCAGACUCACCAUACAGGGCUUACAUGAGUGUUAAAGAGAUGAAAGAGGAAUUACACCUCACUGGCGCUGACUACUUGAACAUAUACUUUGCAAACUCUGCCCGUGAGGAACUAGUAGGUGCUGCUACGUGGCCCUGGGAUAAGCAUGUCUUUACUCACUUAGGUGGUGUAGUCUUGAAUCCAUCAUAUUAUGGUAGGCCUGGCCAUACAAAUGCAAUGAUCCAUGAACUUGGCCAUGUGCUUGGUCUCUACCACGUCUUCAAGGGUGUAACUGAGAGUGAUUCUUGCAGUGACCCCUGCAGAGAGACUGUACCAUCUAUGGAAACUGGAGAUCUAUGUGAAGACACAGUACCUACACCCAGGCACAAGCUAUGUCAAGAUCCAGGUCCCUUUAAUGACUCCUGUGGUCAGACACAUUACUACAGCACUCCUUUUAACAACUACAUGAGCUACACAGAUGAUGACUGCACAGACAGCUUCACUCCAAACCAAGUGGCACGGAUGCACUGCUAUCUUGACCUACUGUAUGACAAGUGGAGUAUACGUAAAAGUUCUGCCCCUGUACCCAUGCCUCCAAUGGUAAUAGGACAGACGGAACAUUCUCUUACAAUUUAUUGGCUACCUCCAAUCAGUGGUAAUUUUUUUGAAAGGGAUCCCAGCAUGAUGUGUGGUGACUGUGGAGAAAAUGGGGUUCUAUAUCAGUAUGCAAGUUCUGCCACUUCUUCUCGUGUUUGUGAUUCGUCAGGCUAUUGGACACCAGAAGAAGCUGUGGGUCCACCAGAUGUUGAUCAACCGUGUGAGCCUAGUCUACAAGCCUGGAGCCCUGAGAUUCAUAUUCAUGACACAAACAUUACUAUUCCGUGUCCCAUGCCAGAGGGAUGUAUGUUAGAGCUCCGGUUUCUUCAUCCAGUCAUUCCAGCAUCCCUGACACUUUGGGCUACCUUUCUCUCCAUGGAUGUUUCUCCAGCAAUUUCCAACAUUGAUAUUUUAACUGAUAAUGGGGAGCCAGUCUCACUGGGCUCAUUCCAUGUGUUUUGUGACAUGCCGCUCACUAUUAAGCUGACAACUGAGAGGAGUGUGCAUUCAGUGAAGAUUUAUACCUUUGACGAGAAGAUGGAGAUUGAUGCUGCUCUUCUUACUUCAAAACCCUCCAGUCCCUUCUGCUCAGCCUGCAGACCAGUAAUGUACCAGAUCAUGAGAGAGCCUCCAUUUUCCAGACUGUCGGCUGUAUCAGAAGCACAGACAAACAGGACGUUUACUGAUAUGGAUGUGAUUCGAGGCUACAAGUAUAACUACCAGGUCCGAGUUAUUUCUGGAACAGCUGUGAGUGAUCCCUCUCCCAUACUGACUCAUACCUUUGGAGACCCAUAUUGUGGAGAUUAUCAAAUACAAGAGAAUCUCCAAGAAACUUGUGAUGAUGGGAACCUGAUGGAUGGUGAUGGUUGUUCUAGAACGUGCCAGAUUGAGAGAGACUUCCACUGUACAGGGGAGCCUAGUCUAUGCUACCUCAUAUAUGGAGAUGGAGUCUGUGAAACACCUGGAAAAGGAAACAGCAUUAAUGACUGUGGCUUCCACACACCAUCAGGGUUUAUGGACCAGUGGGCAUCCCGUGCUUAUGCAUCACAUCAGGAUGAGAAUAGAUGCCCUGUGUCAGCUGUGGUAGGGCAGCCUUCUUUAACUAAGAUAUGUAAAAAGAAAUCAGUGGAAUGGCAUACUGGAGUUUCCCAUCAUGCUUGGUUUCCAUGCACAGCUCAUUCUCACUUCCAGCUAAAUAGAGGUAUCACCUGGGACAAUCAGGAAAACACCUGGCUGAAGGUAUGUUUUGACCAUCCUGUGGUGACGACAUCGGUCAUUAUCUAUUUGGCCUUUGAUGGAGAGGCAUGGGGAGUCCAUACAAGGACAAGAGUGGCUCUGCAGCUUAUUGACACAAGUGAACAUAAUCACUCCAUUGGGUCCUGUGAAGUGUCUUGUCAGCAUAACCCCUUGGUCAUUAACAUCACUCCCAACUUAAGUCUGCCAUUUUAUACCAGAACAGUGAUCCUUAACUUCACAUCUCCUUUUGUGGCUGUGGCUGGAGUAGCCCUUCGUACAUUCUCACAUCCUGUUCCAAGUCAUAUCACAAACUGUAAUGAAGAAGGCUCCUUUGGACCUCAGAAACACAGUUGUGUGCAGAAGCGUUGUGAAAAUGAGAAGUGUAAAGUACCAGAAAUCAGUCAUGCAAGUGUUAAUUGCACACCUUUGACUGGUUCUCACAUAAGCUGCUUAGUCAUCUGUGAUGAUGGAUUUGCUCUUAAAUGGCACAACAGUAGAAGAAUGGGCCCACUACAGGUAAGGGCUGAUCUGAUGUGCAUAUUUGGAAAAUGGGACCAAUCUGUGAGCUGUGAACCAAUAGACUGCGGACUUCCUGACCACACCCAAGUAUAUUAUGCUACAUUCUCCUGUCCAGAAGGGUCUACCAUUGGGAAGCACUGUUCAUUUUUCUGUAACCCUCCAGCAAAACUGCAAGGAGGCAAUAAUUGGCUGACCUGUCUGGAAGAUGGGCUGUGGUCCUUUCCUGAAGCAUACUGCAAGCUGAAGUGUGACACCCCACCAGUUGUUGCCAAUGCUGAUGUUCUAGCCCCACGGUGCCACCAUGGGGGGCAUGAUGUUGGGUCCAUUUGCCGCUACAAGUGCCAGCUUGGAUAUCAUGUCACAGGAAGUGACAUAAAAAGUCCACAAACGGUUCUGAAACUUCAAUGCCUAGAAGGUGGGAUUUGGGAAGAAGGUGCAUGUGUCUCAAUUCAGUGCGAGUCUCCUCCACCUGUCUUUGAAGGAAUGUAUGAAUGCACUAAUGGCUUUGAAUUUGGAAGUCAGUGCACCCUGAACUGCGACAAUCAGUGGGAUGCGACGCCAAUCUACUGUACUGAAGAUGGAACUUGGAGUGAUGAGUUCAUACUCUGUGAAAACCUGGAAGGUCAAGAGUGUAUUCCACCUCCUGAGGUGAACUUUGUGGAAUAUAGCUGUGAGGAGGGCUAUGAAGUAGGUGCAGUGUGUGUGCCCUCUUGUCUGAUGCCUCCUAGUGACCCAGUGGUUUUACCUGAAAAUCUUACAGCAGACACAGUGGAGUACUGGAUGAAUCCAGCCAAAGCAGAGACAAUUGUAUGUACUGGAAAGAUGAAAUGGUAUCCUGCUCCUGAGAUUAUCCAUUGCAUUCAGUCCUGUGAGCCAUUCUUAGGAGAUGGUUGGUGCGACACCAUAAACAAUCGGGCAUAUUGUCAAUAUGAUGGUGGUGACUGCUGUUCUUCAACACUAUCUUCAAAAAAGGUUGUCCCCUUUGCAGUCAACUGUGAUGAGGAUGAGUGCUCCUGUCGAGACCCCAAUGCUGAGGAGAACAGACAGGCACAUAAGCAGUGGGGUUUGCGAUGAUGAGCCUGCAAUAUGAACUCAAGAAGGUUAGCAAGAGAGAAACAGACACCAGUACAGAGAAAGAAUGCUCAGCAGGAAAAUAAUAAACCGGAAUCUUCCACCAUAGCUAUAGAAAAGAGACAUUUCUGGAAGCUGUUUGAAGCCAAACAAAAGAACAUACUUUCAUCUGGGAGAAAAAAAAUUUACCUGGUAUAACUGUGAACAUUUAGGACUGCCAAGACCAGGAAAAUGCAAGACUCUUUAAUUACAUUGUUGUAUAAAGUGUUUUGUAUGAUAUCUGUCUUGUGAAGUGUACUGUUGGUUUUAUGAAUGUUUUAAAAUGUCAGUGUGCAGUUUAGUUCAUGUGAACUGUAAUAUUUGUUUUAUGGAUGCUUCAAAGUGUCAGUGUAAUGUUUUACUUACUUCAUGAAUGUUGAAAACCAUCAUUGUGGAUAAUGGAGUUUUUUUCUAAUCAAAGCAAAGAGUUCUUUGAAGUAUUAUUUCCUUAAUCAAAUACUUCUCAUCUGUUGCAAAUGUCAUUGUUUUAGCAGUAUAUUUCACUCAAUGACAUAUUGUACCGCUAUCCCAGUACAAUAAAAGGCAACAUCUGUGAAUACCACUGUUAGAUGUAUGACUUGACAGAAUUCUUUAAUAUUCAUGACUACCAGAAAAUGUAAAACAAUGGCCUAGACUAUCAUCAGAUUUUUUUUGUUUGAUAUUGAAGAAUUUGCUUGGUUUUUCAUGUAGAUAUUUCAUCUUAAGUUAUAGCAACCUUUUUAAUCUGUUUAUUUCUCAGGACUGUGAAUAUUUUUGUCAUUAAAACUGUCACUUUCAUAUGAGUGGUAAUUAGAAUUUUAUCUAAGAAUGACUUUAAAGUACAUCAGUAGUGAAGUGCAAGCAAAUCGAAUACCUGCCACUGUAAUACAUACUUCUGUAAAUUUUCAUACAGUUCAGUAUAUUUACUAUUUCAUAAAUACUAUUUGCUCAUUCUUUUGAAUGAUAAUAUUUAUACACAAACUGUCUGAAUGUGAUAAAUUGUCCAUUAAUUAUCUACAACUAAUUUGCAUUUAAAGUUAGCUUCCAUAAAUAUCUUCAGUGAAUUUGUAUCUUAAAUAAGCAUGUUUUGUUCCAGUAAUGACAAAUUUUCUAUGAAUAAUAAGUAAAUUCAAAUAUA